UCGCAGCCAAUCAGCGCGCGGCUCUCGCGGCAGGUCAGUGCGUCGCGCUCGCGGACGAUCAGACGCUCCAUAUUAAGCCGUCGCAAGUCUCGCGGAGGCUCUGAGUGUCAGAGAAACCCUGCGAGAGAGAGAGUUCAGCUCCCAACUUAUUUCAUGUCACCGCCGGCGUAAAACGGAGGGAAUCAGCGCUAUCGAAAAGCCUCGAGCUUCGAGGACGGAAUUCAUGGAUGAUCGGGGACCUUCGCCUGCGGCGUUUCACGGGAUUUUUCUCCUCAGAUGGGAAUGUAGCUUAGCUGGUUAGCCUGGCCGCUAGCAGUAGCAGGCUAGCUGUGUCGAAGAGCGGAGGCGACAUCAGUUGACUUUUACUCGCUGUAGCGUCAUAACACCUCAACAAACCGCCUCGGUCUUUCCAAAGACGCGUUUCUGAAGGCGUCGCCGUCACAGAAACAGCGAUUCGGGACUGUAUUCGGGCAGGUUGAGGGGAACUUCUCGUUUUAGAUGGCUGGCUAGCCGGCCGUCACGUCAGUCUGUCAACCGAACCUGAAAUCCCGACCGGAUAGUUCGAGCCACGGAACCUCGGCCUCCUCUGAUACACGAGCCUCUGGGAAGGUGGAUUAGGAACCCGUGAACUGGGAGGUGACGCUCGCACUGGGUUAACGGAACCGGUUCGGGCGGCUUCUGAAGUUCGUCUACUACGAGCCGGGGAGGGAACCGGACAGAGACCUCAUGAAUGGAAAUCGGAACUACAGGAGCCGUUGGGGCCCAGGCCCUGUUCUCCGUGCCACGGAGGCCCGGCUAUGGCACCGUGGGGAAACCCAUCAAGCUGCUGGCCAACUGCUUCCAGGUGGAGAUCCCCAAGAUGGACGUCUACCUGUAUGAGGUCGACAUAAAGCCUGAGAAGUGUCCACGCCGCGUGAACAGGGAAGUUGUGGACUCCAUGGUGAAGCACUUUAAAGUCACCAUCUUUGGGGAUCGAAAGCCAGUUUAUGAUGGGAAGAAAAGCCUCUACACCGCCAACCCACUGCCUGUGGCACCCACGGGGGUGGAUCUGGACGUUACGCUGCCAGGGGAGGGGGGUAAAGACCGACCCUUUAAAGUCUCUAUUAAAUUUGUGUCCCUGGUGAGCUGGCACCUAUUGCACGAGGUACUAACGGGUCGCAGUACGUCAGAGCCGCUGGAGCUGGACAAGCCAAUCAGCACCAACCCAGUUCACGCUGUGGAUGUGGUGCUACGCCAUCUACCCUCCAUGAAGUACACUCCAGUGGGACGCUCCUUCUUCUCCCCUCCUGAAGGCUACUACCAUCCUCUGGGUGGAGGCAGAGAGGUGUGGUUCGGCUUCCACCAGUCUGUUCGGCCGGCCAUGUGGAAGAUGAUGCUCAACAUUGACGUGUCAGCCACAGCUUUCUACAAAGCACAGCCAGUUAUUCAGUUCAUGUGUGAGGUACUGGACAUCCACAACAUCGACGAGCAGCCUCGGCCCCUCACAGACUCGCACCGAGUCAAAUUCACCAAAGAAAUUAAAGGUCUGAAGAUGGAGGUGACACACUGCGGAACCAUGCGGAGGAAGUACCGGGUCUGCAAUGUGACCCGCCGCCCCGCCAGCCACCAAACGUUCCCUUUGCAGUUGGAGAACGGCCAAACUGUAGAACGAACAGUAGCUCAGUAUUUCAGAGAAAAGUACAACCUGCAGCUCAAAUACCCCCACCUGCCCUGCCUACAGGUGGGCCAGGAGCAGAAACACACCUACCUGCCCCUGGAGGUGUGUAAUAUUGUAGCAGGGCAGCGGUGCAUCAAGAAACUGACAGAUAAUCAAACCUCCACCAUGAUCAAAGCCACAGCGCGAUCAGCACCAGACAGACAGGAGGAGAUCAGCAGACUGGUGCGCAGUGCUAACUAUGAAGCAGACCCGUUUGUGCAGGAGUUCCAGUUUAAGGUGCGAGACGAGAUGGCUCACGUGACGGGGCGUGUGUUGCCUGCGCCCAUGCUGCAGUACGGGGGCAGGGUGAGCACAGAGCACUUUAUGAACCGCACUGUGGCCACACCCAGCCAUGGAGUUUGGGACAUGAGAGGGAAACAGUUCCACACCGGCGUGGAGAUCAAGAUGUGGGCCAUCGCCUGCUUCGCCACGCAGAGACAGUGCAGAGAAGAGAUUCUCAAGUAA